AUUCAACCAACAACAAAAAUUUCUUAGAUCUAAUGGAAACCUCUAUCAUAGUUUUAUCUCUCGCCUUCUUCCUUUUCAUUUCUCUAAAACUUUUGUUUGGUAAACGGCAUAACAAGUUUAACCUACCACCAAGUCCGGCGAGGCCAGUGCCAUUGAUUGGACACCUACACCUACUCAAGCAGCCGCUCCACCGCACAUUCCUCUCCGUCUCUCAAUCCCUCGGUGGUGCCCCAAUCUUCUCCCUCCGCCUCGGAAACCGUCUCGCGGUUAUCGUCUCCUCUUACUCCGUCGCUGAAGAAUGCUUUACCAAAAAUGACAUCGUUUUGGCCAAUAGGCCAGAGUCCAUUGUCGGUAAGUACAUUGAGUAUAACUUCACCACCAUGACCAGUGCGCCUUAUGGUGACCACUGGCGAAACUUGCGGCGGAUCAGCACCCUCGAGAUCUUCUCGUCCCACAAACUCAAUGGCUUUUUAUCCGUCCGUAAGGACGAGAUCCGUUACUUGUUGUUGCGUCUCUACAAGAAUUCGCAACAUGGGUUUGCGAAGGUGGAGAUGAGAUCCUUGUUUAUGGAUUUGACUCUCAAUAACAUUCUUAGAAUGGUGGCUGGGAAACGAUUCUAUGGCGACGGAACAGAGGACGACGACAAUGCGCGGCGAGUGAGACUUCUGAUUGACGAGGUGGUGUUCAACGCCGGCGCCGGCAACGCUAACGAUUAUAUCCCAAUCUUGCGUUGGAUCACAAAUUUUGAGAAACGGAUCAAGAACUUAGCAGAUCGGAUCGACGAGUUUCUGCAGAGUCUUGUGGAUGAGAAACGUGCAGAUAAAGAAAAGGGCGACACGAUGAUGGAUCGCUUGCUUUCUCUCCAAGAAACUCAGCCAGAUUAUUAUACAGAUGUUACUCUUAAAGGAAUCAUGAUAGUUAUGAUUCUUGCCGGGACUGAAACAUUAGCAGGGACGUUAGAAUGGGCGAUGUUGAAUUUGUUGAAUCAUCCAGAGGUGUUAAGGAAAGUGAGAACCGAGAUCGAUACCAAGAUCGGUUUUGACCGGUUAAUAGAUGAACCGGAUACUAAAAAUCUCCCUUAUCUCCAAGGGAUUGUGUUGGAGACCUUACGUCUUCACCCGGCAGCUCCGACACUUGUGCCACAUAUGACGUCAGAUGAUUGCGUAAUGGCAGGGUACGAUGUUCCACGUGGAACAAUGUUAUUGGUGAAUGUAUGGGCCAUGCAUAGAGACCCCUCAAUAUGGGAAGAUCCAGAAAUGUUCAAGCCUGAGAGGUACGAAAACGAAAAGGAAAAUCAAAAGGUGUUGACGUUUGGGAUUGGACGAAGGUCUUGUCCUGGGGUCGGGCUAACUCAUCGCCUAAUGAGUUUGGCUCUCGGAUCGAUGAUUCAGUGUUUCGAAUGGGAGAGGAUUGGAGAAGAAUAUAUUGAGACUAGAGAAGCACCCAUGAUGCGUCCAGUGACUCCGUUGCUAGCCAUGUGUAAAGCUCGUCCCAUUGUCCAUAAGAUUCUCGAUGCUUUUGCUUGAAGUGUCUCUCGUUUGUCUUUAUGUUCGGACAUUAAUAAUAUCUUGUUUAUAAAGUCUUGUUUCUUAAUUAUGAUUUUGUAGACUAUAAAUUGGACUCUUGAUCGAUGAUUAUUUGUUAUAAAUUUUUAUGUAAUUGAGUUUUUGGUUUUAUAUAUCUUCCGUAAAUUCAAAUAUUGGAAAACCAG